ACGUGGGCAACAGCAUGAGGCACCAGAGUGGAAUGCGGAGGGGCCCCCGGACAGCUUCCCCGCGGUGCGUGCUCGCAGGCGAGGCAAGAGUUUGUGCUGCCUGGAGCAUUCUUUCUGGCCGUGCCCCACACCCCCUGCCCGCACUGGCCACCGCUUUGGGUGACAAUGAUUCUGUCACGUGCCCCGGCCGGACUGUGAGAGAGACACCGCCCAGGCCAUUGAGAGGGCCUUCCGGGGAGUCGGCGGGUGCCCGUGAGGGUUCCAGGCCCGCUCCCAGUGCCCGCAGCCUGACGCAAUCCGUGGCGCCCUUGCUGCAUGCCGGUGCUGGGGAAACCUUCCCCGCCGUUGCAUCACUCCAGCCAGGUCCGCCACGGAGGAGGAGACGGACCAAUCAGCGCGCGCGUUGGGCCGGGGGUGGGCGGCUCCGGUACCCACUUGGAGGGCGGCGCGGUUAACCGAGAAACGAAAUCCAAGCGUGAUUGGCUCAAGCGAGACUUUCCCCGCCCCAAUCACCGGGACCCCUGGUGGCCGCUGGAGGGCCCUCCCGGCCGGAGGGUUUAAAGAGCGCGUCCCGGGGAACCGCUCAGCUGGAGCGACCGAUCGGUGCCAGGCCAGGUGUACGCGCCCGUCGGUCCUUCCGCGCCAGUGCCGGAGACCAACCCCGGAGGCCACCCGGGCCCGUCCCUGCGCCCGGCACCAUGAAGCAGGAGUCCGCAGCCCCGAGCACCCCGCCUCCCUCCCUGUCCCCUGCACCCUCCGCGCAGCCCUCCUGGGGGGGUGACGACCCCCAGGCCCUGUGGAUUUUCGGCUACGGCUCUCUCGUGUGGAAGCCGGACUUCGCCUACAGCGACAGCCGCGUGGGCUUCGUCCGCGGCUAUAGCCGCCGCUUCUGGCAGGGAGACACCUUCCACAGGGGCAGUGACAAGAUGCCUGGCCGAGUGGUGACCCUCCUUGAAGAUGGUGAGGGCUGCACUUGGGGUGUGGCAUAUCAGGUUCGAGGGGAGCAGGUGAGCGAGGCCCUGAAGUACCUGAACGUGAGGGAAGCCGUGCUUGGCGGCUACGACACUAAGGAAGUCACCUUUUAUCCUCAAGACAGCCCUGACCAACCCCUCACAGCACUGGCCUACGUGGCCACCCCACAGAACCCCGGUUACCUGGGCCCUGCUCCAGAAGAUGUCAUUGCCACCCAGAUCCUUGCCUGCCGAGGCUUCUCUGGCCACAACCUGGAGUACUUGCUGCGUUUGGCAGACUUCAUGCAACUCUGUGGGCCUCAGGCACAGGACGAGCACUUGGAAGCCAUUGUGGACGCCGUAGGAACCAUGCUGCCCUGCCCUUACCUCACCGAGCAGGCUCUGGCACUCAUCUGAGGAGCCAAGGCCCUGCAGGGAGCGUCCCCGUGGACACGGAUGAACGUCAAUGCGGAGUUCUUGAGACAGACUUGAUGGAGCUUGGGAGACUUGGGAAGGCAUGGUGGGUGGCUGGGAACUUUGUGUCUUAGGCCGCUGCCUGUCUGCUGGUCUCCGACCCUUUCUUGGCGGACCCUGACUUAACUACUUGAAACUUUAUUUAUUGCACCAUGUUGGUGUGGUGGGCAGGGCAGGCGGGGGACCUGCCCUGGAUGUGGGCCCUGCUGUGCGGUGGCUCUGCCCUAGUCCUCUGGUACCUAACCAGAACUCCCCCCACCCCCCAUUGCUGCUGCUAAUUUCCACACCGCCCAGGCCCCCACAUCCCUAGGGAGCCUGCAAGAGCCUUGAUCCUCUGUCUACCCAGACUAACCAACCCCAGCCCUGGAAACGUCACCUGCCCGUGUUCUCGGCCUGCUGGACAAGGGACAGAGAAGGAGAGACAGCUCUUCAAAAGGACCAACGUCCAGCAUCCGUCUUCAUCUGCCGGGCCCCAGGGCAGAGCUGGAUCCUACGCAGAGAGACACAGCUGCUAAGACUGGGCUCCUUUCCCCUUUUGUUUCAUUUCCCUGUCUGUCUGUCUGCUUGUCUGUCUGGAUCACUCCUGUAGACCUGUUGGUCUAUUCCCCAGAAACAUCACUACAGGUCCCUUCUCAGUCUGUUCCACACUGUGAUCUAUAAACGAUCUUUAAUUACCUUU